AUGGAUGGGGAUGCUUGCCCCAAGUGUCCCUAUCUGACGGAGAAGGAGCGUCGCUGCAAUGCAGCAAAGGCCGUAGCUUCGAAGGGGCAAUUGCAGCAACCCCAAAGAUUGCCAUCAUCGACACCGUUAGCAUGUGAUGACGAAUGUGCCCGACUCGAGCGCAAUCGCUCACUGGCAUCUGCCUUGGGAGUCGAAAUUGAUCAGUCGACAACCGUCGCCCAGAACCUGACAUCCUCGAACCUGCCUUACUCAUCUGAAACACUUGAUAUGUAUCUCCAGCUCUCAUCCACAUCUACUCUAUCCACCCUACAGACAUAUGAGACCACGCUCCAGUCCCUAGCGGCCAGCACAACCCAACGAUCUGUCCGAUUCCAACCUGCAAAACCAUCUCUUCGAGCGUUUGCCCAUUCGCUGGCGUCGGACUGGGGAUUCUCCAGCGAAAGUUUCGAUCCCGAACCCCACCGUCAUGUGUUCGUCUUGAAGCCGACAGGGUGGAAUCCCGCACUUUUGGGCAUGGGCCAAGGCACGGCGAUUGGCAUCGGUGGCAUGAGUAUAGGCGAAUGCGUCAAGUUGCGCGAACGCCAACGUCUCAAGGAGCGCGAAGCACAACGCCAGGCUGCAGCUGAGGUUAAGGCCCAACGAGAAGCGGCCAGGGUACAGACCAACGCGACGAACGAAGGUGGUUGGGCUCAGGUUGCUGCCUCAAGACGAAGCAAUGGGAUGAGUAGUGCAAAAAGCACAAUACCUACCCAAAGCCCAGGUCCCUUCUCCGGAUCGACCAUGUAUUCCGCCCUAGCGGGUGACGAUGGCAGCACCUGGAGGAGAGCCGAGUCCUCUCCGAAGAAGGAAAAAUUAGUUCUCCGAUCCGGCGUAGGUGCAGGAAAACAACUACGGAGCCAACCCAUCACCACUCAGGUGGCCGAUAAUUGGGAGGAGGAGGAAGAGAAAGAAGAGCAGGAAGAACGUGCACGCGAGCAGAAGAAAGAUCAAGACGAUGAUGACCAGGAGGAUCAGGAAAGUGGUCAAGGACACGACCAGCAGCAGGAAAAUACAAAUAUGCAAAACGAGACCGAGGCCCCAAAGGAGAGUUCAAAUGAGGCCAAAACAGCCAAUGAAGGAGUGAUUCCUACUUCCCAUUUCCUCGAUGGCAGCAUGACGGCCUAA